AUGGCAUCCAAAGUUCAUCGCGAACAGGUAGAGUUCAAAACUCUGGAUGGCUUGACGCUUAGAGGUGCGGUUUAUCCAGCCAAAGACUAUGGUCCUGGAAUUAUCAUGACCCCUGGAUUCAAUCUCACUGGGGACACGCUUCUUCCCAAGGUGGCGGAAUAUUUCCAACAAGCAGGAAUUACAGCUCUUGUCUACGAUCCGCGUUCCAUAGGCUCAAGCGAGGGGUACCCUCGCAACAACAUCGAUCCGGCGCAGCAGACCAAUGACUAUCACGAUGCAUUGACUUAUCUCAAGUCUGACGCGAGAGUCGAUUCCGGCCGCAUUGCGUUUUGGGGGUUUUCCUUCAGUGGGGCCGUUGCCCUGGCGGCGGCGGCGCUCGAUACCCGUGUGCAUCUCGUACUUGCCGUCUGCCCGCUCACUACAUGGGAUCUGCCAGCAAACAAGUACCGUGGCGUUCUAUCAAAGGCGAUGCAGGACCGCGAGUCGCAGCUUGCGGGAAAUAAAGCAUUUUCCCUCCCCAUGAUCACCCAAAAAGGCGAAAACCCUGCCGGGUUCGGAGUGGGAUUGGGAACGCGUGAGUGGGAGUUGGUGCAGGAGUCCAAGCAGAGGAUGCCCAAUUUGGAAAUGAAUACGUCGAUUCAGACAUAUUACAACAUCAUGGCUUGGUCGCCUUUCCAAGCCCUGCGCUUCCUGAGCCCCACGCCAGUUUUGUUGGUGACUCCAGACGAGGACCGCAUCUCGCCCAUGGCACAGCAGAAGGAGCUGAUUUUGGACAAGAUAGAAGGACCGAAGCAGAUGCAUGUCGUCCAAGGGAAAGGGCACAUGGAUGUCUUGGACGGUGAUGAGUUCAUCCCUUCAAUGAUCGCCCAGGUCGAGUUCAUUCGCCACUAUUUUGGUAACUAG